UACUCCCGCAGGGAUUUGUGGUACCUCAACAGACUUCCCUUACGUCCAAAUCCGUGCAUACGUUUGUCCCAACCCAAUCUGAUCGAUCAUCUAAAGAAGCCGGGUGUCGGUAAAAGAGCGCGUCUGUCCCAGCCGAAUCUUCAUAUUGCACCCGUUAAGCUCCAGCCUCAGUCCCAAUCAAGCAUAGAAUCACAAGAUUCGGCGGUAACUUACGAGGGGACCUUAUCGACCGCGACUCCUUGUCCACCGAGUUACUCACCGGCUAGCCAAAGAAGUCGUUAUUCUCAGCCGAAUCUACCGACCUUGAUGAUUCCAUACAGCGAUCAGCAUCGACAUAGUUUGUCACCGGAUCGUCGUACCAGAAUGUCUCAGCCAACGCUCAACACGAGCUAUUCCGGUAUCAAUUUUCUCGGAACGAUGAGGGGUUCCCGAUUGUCAUAUUCGAGCCUCCGAGCAUCCGGUGACAACAGUAUUAAUCUCCAGAUCGAAGAAGAACGACUUUCCACUCCGAAUGUUCAUUCCCUGGGUGGUGUAACUGGCGGAAGUGGUGGCGCCGGAAGCGGCAGCGGUGCUGGUUAUCGAGACAUUCACGGAGGUCGACUCUCCCAGCCUGACGUUCGUCGAAUGUUCCGGGUUGAUCCGGUUACCGGGAAAAGAGAGCGCCUCUCCCAGCCUACUUUGGUAAUGGGCGACUUCUAUCCCGGUCGUGUGCAGCAACGAUUGUCCCAGCCUUGUCUCAGCGCAUGGAAGGAGCAUCAGGCUUCUCUCCAGUCACCCAUGAAACUCAAACGUUUCGGUCCUUCGCCCGUAAAGAGGGACCGUUUGUCUCAGCUUGAUUUCGGUGGUUCGCGAUAUCGCAGUCUCAAAGAUCCUUCUUCGUCUGCGACCAAAUUCAAUCGCGAUCGAUUCUCCAUACCUGAGCUUGAAACUCAGAACGAUUUGCGUCUGAUGGCCGGUACACCGAAACAACGUUUCAGCUUGGACAGCCAGCUGAAUCCCGAAGGCAGAGGUACAAGACGGCUAUUACCUAUCGCCAGUUCACCAAUUUCUGAACAUCAAUCAAAGAACGAAGAGAAUCUAGGACUCAAAGGCAAAUUACCGACGGAAGGCUUGGAAAAUGUUCUCGUUGCAAGUGCAACACCCAUUUUCCCAUCACAGGACAGACAAUUUCUUGCCCCCAUCCUUAAGACUACACCUCCGGCUCCGCCUUCAUCCGCGCCAAUAACUCGUGAACGAAUGUCCGUACCUGAAAUCAGAAACUCGAGCUUGCGGAGAUUGCUCGACUCGCCCGUUAAACAGAGACACAGCUUGACUGGAAAUUUGAGACAGAGUCUUAUGUCUCAAGCAAAGACUCAAGAGUUGGUGAUAAAUCAAAGCGAAAAGAAAACUGCUCGUGCAUCGAUCGAUGCUGCUAUCGAGAAACUCAUGAAAAUUGAAAUCGAGAAGGGAAGCAUCGAGGCGAGCGAGGCCAAGAAGGAAGAACCUAAACACAUACAACGCCAUUAUUCUUACACUUAUGAUGUUAAGGACGAAAUGAAAGAGGUCAUCGGGAGACUCAGCGUUGCUCUACCAAAAAAGAAAUAUCUGGAGAGCAAUUUCGAUGAGAAUGAGCAAGUCAUAACGACUGUCAUCGAAACUGAAAUUCCAAUGAUUCUUAGUAGUCCAAAGUACACGAAGAAAACUCACGUUUACUCGAGCGAAACCCCUAAAUGGAUGAAAAAGUGUUUGGAAAAUGAAAGUCCGAGAGCUGUGCGAAAAAAUGACAACGUCAACAAAACCAAUCAGAAGAAUAUCUUUAAAGCUGAAUCCGCUUUAAGAACCAGCCCUGAGAAGACUGCCUCAAAGAAAAGUUCGCCAAAAAAGUCGGCGCCAAUGAAAGACUUGCAAUACCUUCAACAGAGGAUUUCAAAAGAGAGAUUGACCAAAUUCACCGGUACGAAUGUUGACUUCAAUCAAACACCCAAAAAUACUUACGUCAGUAUAAAACCUUCGAACGACGUUGAAGAACACAAGUAUGAGGUCAGAGUUGAGGUCAACUCGCCUCAACAACACGUCGGACCGAAUUUCGGUCCGGACUGUGACUCGGACAGCGAAGAUUCCACUUCGAUUUAAUUUGCCCACCGUUAUAGCUAUCUUUCGAGGACAAUACUACUGUAUGCCGGAAUUUUAAACGAUCCGAGAGCAAGACUGAAGGAGCUGAACGAUCCAAGUCCUUUAACUCUUUGAAACCACGAUAUUACACUUGCUAAAUUCAUGUUAGCUUCAUUCUAUAUACAGUUAUUCGGCCGCACUAUCUUUCAUGAGUCAUAAGUUUCCUUGCUCCAUAGUGUAUGAACUGGAAGAAUUAGAAAAAAAAAAUUUACGUAUUAAAACCAAUUGAAUAGAUUGAAAACGCCCGCGUUUCGUUACGAAGAAGAAAUAACAUUUAUACUUGAGCAUUUCCAUGCUUCAAAGAAAAUAUAAAACGGGAAAUCCCCUUGGGGAGAACUCAUCAUUAAUACUGGCCGAGAAAAGGCGCAGAGAAAUAAUCACCAAUGAUAAUGGCCUAUUCACGAAUGAUUUCGGUAAUUUUCCGUCACUCACCCAACGGCCGUUUUAACCACAAACGAAUGAUUCUAGAAAAAAAAUUUCCAAAUUCACUUUACAAUACAUCGCUUGUCCGAAUACAAAAAUCUGGUAAUUCAUAUUUUCCAAGUAUUUUAACGUUUACAAAUAUUAUUUUUUUUUUUCAACAUUUCCUUCUGCAAUUAUGGAGCCAGAAAAAAAGUAUAAGUGAAUAACAACGGUGUAUCAAAUAAUUGAAUUUCUUGCCACAUAAACUCAUGAAUUUCCCCUUUCCUCAUUCAUUUCUUACGUAAUAGAAUUACUAGUCAUUAUUAAUUUUAACUAUAUUUUUUUUUCUUACAAUAAGUAACUGGACUAUUCAACGAGCUUGCGAGACAAGAUAAUCUGUGGAGUAUCUGUAAACCGAUAACUGCGAAUAUAAGAAUAAAAAUGUCAUUGGAUAAGUGGUAAUGUUCGUAUUUCGCGCAUAAACGAAAAACAUAAAAAAAUUCAUGAAAAUUUUGACGAUAGCGCCCCGUACUAUUUUUACGACGACGAUAACGUCAUGGUAUUGGAUGUGAGUAGUAAGAACAGAUAUACGUAUAUAAAUAAAACUAUAUUCAUUUUUA